AUGUCAUCGAAAAUCAUGACCCACCACCUCGCUUUACGAGCUACAGUAUUCAGCAUACGUUGGUUAGCUACGACCGAGAAUGUAAAAGAAAACCCGAGGCAACUCGAAACAUCCAUCAGAAACAAAACAAGGAGGGACAGAAAGCUGGGCAAAUCAUUAUAUUGUUGUUUGUGUGUGUGUGUGUGUGUGCACUGGAAGGUAUCAUUCAUGUCGCGUGAGAUUUUGGUAUUUGGCUAUUUAACUGAUAUCGGUAUUUUGGGUAUUGGGUGGCAAGGACCAGGACGCAAGGAAGGAAGGAAGGAAUUGAGUGGCAUAGUGCUCAUACUAAAGUAA